ACUUUUUUAUAUAUGUACUUGCUCAGUGAUUUUCACAUGAAACCAAACAUUUUAUGACACAACUCAGGUUGUGGUCCGUUUCAUUCGCGUUUUGCAUCAAAAGUACACAAUUAUUUAAAUAAAUAGUUUCUGAAGCUUAUCUUUUCAUAUUCAUAGUUAUUUUCUAACUUCAAAAUGGAAGGCAAAGCCGCUAAAAUGCCCAAAGUGGCGAAGGUUAAAAAUAAAGCACCAGCAGAGAUACAAAUUACUGCAGAACAGUUACUUAGAGAGGCUAAAGAAAGAGACUUGGAGAUAUUGCCUCCACCACCAAAACAAAAGAUCUCUGAUCCAGAGGAACUUCGAGAUUAUCAACAUCGAAAAAGGAAAGCUUUUGAAGACAAUAUAAGGAAAAACAGAAUGGUAAUUGGAAAUUGGCUAAAAUAUGCACAAUGGGAAGAAUCGCAGAAGCAAGUGCAAAGGGCACGCUCAAUAUAUGAACGGGCUCUGGAUGUUGAUCAUAGAAAUGUUACACUCUGGUUGAAAUAUUCUGAAAUGGAGAUGAGAAACCGACAAGUCAACCAUGCAAGGAACUUGUGGGACAGAGCAGUCACCAUUCUACCCAGGGUAUCUCAGUUUUGGUAUAAAUACACUUACAUGGAGGAAAUGUUAGAAAAUGUAGCUGGAGCAAGACAAGUAUUUGAACGAUGGAUGGAAUGGCAACCGGAUGAACAAGCAUGGCAGACAUACAUCAAUUUUGAACUACGCUAUAAAGAACUGGACAGAGCUCGCCAAAUAUAUGAGAGAUUUGUUAUGGUUCACCCAGAUGUCAAAAACUGGAUCAAGUAUGCAAAAUUUGAAGAAAAUCAUGGAUUUAUUAAUAGUUCUAGAAAGGUCUAUGAAAGGGCAGUUGAGUUCUUUGGUGACGAGGAAUUAGAUGAAAGAUUAUUUAUUGCUUUUGCAAAAUUUGAAGAGAAUCAAAAGGAACAUGAUAGAGCUAGAGUCAUAUAUAAAUAUGCUCUAGAUCACAUUCCUAAAGACAGAAAUAAAGAACUUUAUAAAGCUUACACCAUCCAUGAGAAAAAGUAUGGAGAUAGAUCUGGUAUUGAGGAUGUUAUUGUUAACAAGAGGAAAUAUAUGUAUGAACAAGAAGUAAUAGAAAAUCCAACAAAUUAUGAUGCAUGGUUUGAUUAUAUAAGACUUGUUGAAAAUGAAGGUAAUGUGGAUGUCAUUAGGGAUACCUAUGAAAGAGCCAUAGCAAAUGUACCACCAACGAAAGAUAAACAAUUUUGGCGGCGUUAUAUUUAUUUGUGGAUUAACUACGCACUUUACGAAGAAUUAGAAGCGGAGGAUGUAGAACGCGCCAGACAGGUGUAUAAAACUUGUUUAGAGCUUAUCCCUCACAAAAUAUUUACUUUUUCUAAGAUUUGGCUCAUGUAUGCUCAAUUAGAAGUUAGAUGUAAGAAUUUAAAACAAGCCAGAAAAACUUUGGGUAUGGCUCUGGGUAUCUGCCCAAGAGAUAAACUAUACAGAGGUUAUAUUGAUUUAGAAAUACAACUAAGAGAAUUUGAUAGGUGUAGGAUACUGUAUCAGAAAUUUUUGGAAUAUGGACCAGAGAAUUGCAUUACAUGGAUAAAAUUUGCAGAACUUGAAACUCUGUUGGGAGAUAUAGAUAGAGCAAGAGCUAUUUAUGAGAUAGCUGUUGGUCAACCAAGAUUAGAUAUGCCAGAGUUACUAUGGAAAAGUUACAUAGACUUUGAAGUAUCACAGGGUGAAACUGAAAGGGCGAGACAGCUUUAUGAAAGAUUAUUAGAGAGAACUGUACAUGUGAAAGUUUGGUUGUCUUAUGCAAAAUUUGAGCUCAAUGCUGAAAAUCCAGAUAACUUAAAUAUUGAAUUAGCGCGACGUGUUUACGAACGUGCAAAUGAUAGCCUCAGAAGUGCGGGAGAAAAGGAAUCGCGAGUUCUUCUUCUCGAAGCUUGGAAAGACUUUGAAACAGAAAUUGGUGAUGAAAUCAAACUCGAAAAGGUUAUGGUGAAAAUGCCAAGGAGAGUUAAAAAGAGACAGAAAAUUGUUAGUGAAAGUGGAGUUGAAGAAGGAUGGGAAGAAGUCUUUGAUUACAUAUUCCCUGAAGAUGAAAUGGUUAGACCUAAUCUUAAAUUAUUGGCUGCAGCUAAAAUGUGGCGUAAACAAAAAGAAGUUACAGAUGUUCCAGAAACAGAUGAUAAUCCAGAUCAAGAAAAAGAACAAGAAACAGAAGAAAAUAAAAAUACAGAAGAUAAAGAUGAAAACAAUAAGGGUGAUACUGAUUCUGACUCUGACAGUUCUGAUUCUAAAUAAUAAAUAAAUGAAUUGUAUUACAA